UUGUAUGACGACAAAUGUGCGCUGAAUUAGAUGUGCUUGUUCAAUGUGACACGACAGUGAUCAAUGCCCAAUCUCGCCUUCAAAUGCUGUAUGUGGCGACAACUACUCGCAGUCAUUAUUAGCAGCUCAUUAAGACAAAUUAAUUUUCAACUAAUACACAGUAGGUACCAUUGAAAUUGAAUGUCCCGACAUUGACAAUGUCGCUCCAUUUGCCAAGCAGAGAAUGCAAAUGGAUCCCCUCUCAAGCCCAAACCAAAAUGGGGUACAUGGGGAUUGGAACUCGGAUCAUACUCACACUCAACCCAUUUCCAAUGAAGACAGGAACUUGAUAUUGUCGAUGAGAGAUAUGAUCGAGAGAGAGGUUCCCAAUUCACAGCUUGUGGAUGAUUCUACUCUUCGGCGUUUUUUAUAUGCUCGAGAAUCAAAUGUGCAAAAAGCUAGUGAGCUAUAUCUGAAGUACAGAAAAUGGAGAGAGACUUUUGUACCACUUGGCUAUAUCUCAGAAACAAUGAUCUCAAAUGAACUUAAGAAGAACUUGAUAUGCAUGCAAGGAUUUGACAAAAAAGGAAGGCCAAUUGCAGUUGUUAAGUUUGCAAGGCACAAACCUUGCCAUAAGAAGCUAGAUGAUUUAAAACGUUUUCUCGUCUAUAGUUUUGAUAAAAUGUCUUCUAGCACACAAGGAGGACAUGAAAGCUUUUCCAUCAUAGCAGAUCUUGAUGGUUGGACGUUCAGGCAUGUAGACAUUCGUGGAGGCCUGGCAGCUGUGGAAAUAUUACAGGAUUAUUAUCCAGAACGCUUAGGGAAGUUGUACUUUGUUCAUCUCCCAUAUAUAUUCUGGGCAGCAUGGAAUGUAGUACAUCCUUUUAUCGACAGGAGGACACGAGAAAAGAUAGUAAUGAUUGAUAACAAGGACAUAAAAACAACUCUGUUGAAUGAUAUCGAUGAAAGCCAACUGCCUGAAAUCUAUGGAGGUAAAUUGCCCUUGGUACCAGUUCACGAUGCUGUUGCACCAAAUCGGCCUCCAAACUAAAAGUCAUCAUAUUUAGAGGAUUGGCAAAGCCAUAAAAUGUUUCGCAUCAUAUACCAUAGAUGUUAAUUGUGGCUAGUAUCUGAUCAUAUAAUAAGAAAUUUCAGCGUGUACUACAGACGCUGGCAUUGACUGGUUUACAACCUCAUUGUUGUAUCUGCAUCUGAGCUUCUCCUGCAUUUUACUCUUUGAAAUCUCAGAGCUCAAGAAUUCAAACAAUAUCAUCAUAUUCCAAAAUGUUCUUUUUGGUAUAAGACGUCACCAUGAGAAUGGAUGAUUAUAUCUACUUCAUAAUUCACUUUCUUCCAGGUACAAUUAAAGAUAAAAAGAAGAUUAAUCGAAAAACUAUAUCUUGCCAGUAAUUGGUUUAGAAUAGUUUAACAUAUUUGAUUAUUGAGAACAUGAAACAAGAAGAUUUGUGCACUGUUAUGUGAAUAAUGAAAUUCCAUCACAUGCAAAUUAA